AUGGAUACCCCCCUCUUCUCCCCCGCAAAAGCGCGCCAGGCAGCCAUCCAAGCCAAAGACUGGGCCUACGUCAAUGCCUGGCUCAGCCGUCAGUACGGUCCGAAUCCGGUUCCCAGAUUUGAGCGAAAUGAAGAUACCCUGCGGACUCUUCUAGCCCUGGCUGCUGCCAAUGAUACUGCGGAUGAGGAGGUUACCGUGCUUCACCAGGCUCGCGAAGAAGCGGUUGAGAGCUUCAAAGCCCGGGAGGAGGUUGAGGAGAAGCAGAAGAUGGAGAUUUUGGAUGAGGUGGAGCAUUGUCUGGAUGAUAAUGGCAGACGAAACCUAGAAGAUUUGGCAGAGACGACAGCAGUGCUGGGAGCCUUGGGCACAGAGACGAAAGACCUGGGCCAAUCAAUCAUUAACCUUACGAUAGAAGAGUUCGGCGCCAAAGAUCAGAUGUCCAAAGUACAGGCGCUACAUGACUACUUAGAAAGGGAAUUGGCUACGCUGAGAGAACAGCUUCAAGAUCUCAAGACCAACGCAGCGUAUGAAACGCCUGCCAAUCUCCCCGCGCUAACUGCCGAGUGGACGCGAGAGACCAAAUUACUCAACGCGAAAGUCGGCGAGUAUCAAGAUCGGAUCGCUUCCCUACAAAGAGCUAAAGUCAAGGGACCUACGCUCGAAGAAGUCAUGGCGGAAGAGGAAAUGGUGACUAGUAUGCUGGAAAGCACCCAAACCCUGGAGAAAAGGGUCAAGGCGUUCCACGACCUGCCCAAAGACAUCCCCGGUGCUCGGGUGCAAUACAAGGAGCUAGAGCAGGAACUUGACAAACUCACCCGGCAACGGGACGCAAUGUUUGAGAAAUUAGUUGACAGGUAA